AUGGGCCGACUGCGCGGAUUUGUUCCAGUCGCCUUAGCUGUGGGAUUUGGCGUGCUUAAUGGAUAUGUAACAUUUGCGCCCUCAUUCAUGAGCCCGGAGGCUGAUCAAAAGAAUAAAAAGGCAAACGAGAAAGAUUCAUCACUCUCACCGUCACUACGACCCACGAGACAGGCUGUGAGCAACUCAACCACUUCACCAGACACGGAUAGCAAUAUUAAAACCACACCGGAAUCGUCCAAAUUAUAG